GCACAAGCUUAUUGUGACUUGGUAAUAGAAACUGCCCCGACGACUUGCUCCUCCUCACUUCCCCCCUUCUCCCAUCGUGGACAGUUGGGCCGCGUACCGAUCUCGCGCUGCCCUCAAAUCGCCGGGGAAGUCUGCCUCCAUCUCUGGCCGCGCCGAUCUGCUCGUAAGAUUCGCAGGUCGGAGGAGGACGAGAGGAAGUUGAGUUCUUGUUUGGUUUCUUGUGUGGACGCCGACCUCACAUGCCAACAACCCCCAGGAGCAGAGGCCAAGCUAGGACCACCAGGUCUUGGAUCUUGUCAGGUAUGGACUUCGGUGAUGCGAGACGCAAGCCUAAUUUCGCGGGAAAGGUCGCGGUGGCUGUUGCUCUCACUGUCAUGUGCAUACUUGUGUUGAAACAGUCUCCUGGUUUUGGCGGUACUAGUGUGUUCUCUCGCCAUGAAACCGGUGUGACUCAUGUGCUGGUGACGGGAGGUGCUGGAUACAUUGGCUCCCAUGCUACUCUUCGUCUCCUUAGGGAUAACUAUCGAGUUACCAUUGUGGAUAACCUUUCUAGAGGGAACAUGGGAGCUGUCAGAGUUCUUCAGCGGUUGUUUCCAGAACCAGGGAGGCUUCAGUUUAUAUACACUGAUUUAGGCGACCCGAAAGCUGUGAAUAAAAUGUUUUCUGAGAACGCAUUCGAUGCUGUUAUGCACUUUGCUGCUGUUGCUUAUGUUGGUGAGAGCACGCAGGAACCACUAAGGUAUUAUCACAACAUAACAUCAAACACGUUGACAGUGCUUGAGGCAAUGGCAGCACAUAACGUAAAAACUCUGAUUUACUCGAGCACUUGUGCUACAUAUGGUGAACCUGAGACAAUGCCUAUCACAGAAACAACACCUCAGAUUCCCAUCAAUCCAUAUGGAAAGGCAAAAAAGAUGUCAGAGGACAUCAUUCUAGAUUUUUCAAAGAACUCAAAGAUGGCUGUCAUGAUCUUGAGAUACUUCAACGUGAUUGGAUCAGACCCAGAGGGACGCCUCGGGGAAGCUCCAAGGCCGGAGUUGCGUGAGCAUGGAAGGAUUUCUGGUGCUUGUUUCGACGCAGCGUCAGGAAUCAUUCCAGGGUUGAAGGUUCGAGGAACCGACUACACUACUCCUGAUGGAACUUGUGUUAGGGACUACAUAGAUGUCACAGAUCUUGUCGAUGCCCAUGUGAAAGCUCUUGGUAAAGCUGAGCCUGGCAAAGUUGGAAUCUACAACGUCGGCACUGGGCAAGGUAGGUCAGUGAAGGAGUUUGUAGAAGCGUGCAAGGCGGCGACAGGAGCUCCCAUCAAGGUCGAAUACCUUGACCGGAGACCCGGGGACUAUGCCGAAGUUUACAGCAACCCGUCCAAGAUCCGUGACGAGCUGAACUGGACGGCCAAACGCACAGAUCUUCGUGAAAGCCUGGCGACAGCAUGGAAGUGGCAGCAGACACACCCGGGCGGAUACGGGUCAACCUGAUUCCCUGAAGUUGUCCCAACUCAGAUCCAUGUGCAGUCAUAUAUAUAGCCUUGAGAAAACUGAUCCUUCACCGUAGACGUGUAGGCGGCGGCCCGAGCCCACAGAAGAGUAGUGAUUUAUUUUGCAGCACGUGAAAGAAGAAGAAAAGGAAGAUACAGAAAGAAUGGCCGCCCUAUCCCUCUUGCUUAGAAAUCAUAUAUGUAUACUUUCCUUUUCUGUCGUCGACAUUUCAUUGGUUUUGAUCGUCACUCUCUGAGGCAUAAUCUAUAACAGAACAGAAAUACAGAGUUGCGCUGUAGACAACUAGAUCAGUAUAAUAAUGUGUAUGAGCUAUGAUUGACAUGAAGCUUCACGGUGGGUGAUGAAAUGAUAUAGAAUAAGUAGAUUUUCGCA